CUGUAGUCCACACUCAAGGCGGUUUCCGUUCAAAAUGAGACGAAGCUCACGCUCUUCAGAAAGCUCCGAAACGGGUUGUAGCCAAGAAGAACAUGGAUUUAUCAAUCGUUUGAGUAAUAUUCCUGUCGUUAAAUCGGCUGUGUCGCAAGCCUCGAGUAUUUAUACCAAGGCAAAGGAGGCAAAUGCCAUGGCGAAAAUUAGUUUGUCGUUUGCAGAAAUGUCACUGAAGGCUGCAGUUGAAUCUACAAAGUUUGCUUACAAUGUUGUUCCUAUGCCUGGAUUUGUUGGAACAAUAAAGGAGGAGGCAGAAAAGAAAGUUGGUGAAGCAGAUGCCUUAGCAUGCAAAGGUUUGAAUCUUUUGCAAGAGAAAUAUYCAGCAAUCAUGAGUGAGCCUCAAAAGAUUCUCUCAGCUGGCAUGGAUAAGAUAGAAAAGUCCGACGUGAUCGAGGCGGCUCUUAUAGUAAGCGAAGCUGCUUUGGACUACAUCAGUUCUGCUGGAAAUAAUUAUAACAAGGAGAUGAAUGGUAAUGUUAAACCGAAAGUUGUAUCUAACAAGAAAAUGGAUAGGAUAUUGGAUGUGUCUCAAAGAGCUGGCAUGGGAGUCUAUCGCGGUGGGUCUAAGAUUAUUUGGAAUACGGCAACUGCACCAUGGUACGCAACUAAGAUCGGUCUUAAUCUGGCAAAUCAAGCCGCUGUUGGAGCUGCGCAUCUUACAAGAGAUGUAAUUUCAAUCAUUCCAGGCUUCUCUGUACUGGUUACACCAAGAAGAAAAGUUCGUAGAUCGCGACGUCGCAUCCAAAGAAAACCAGUUCCUAAUCAAUCACAGUUCCCAGUCUCCCCCGAGAAAAAAAGAAAGCGGAGUGAUGGGGAGAACAAUUCGGAAGAUGAAAGUCUGUACGAAAUGCUCUACGUCAAGGAAUACUACGCAUCUGACGAAGAUCCCGAUUACUGUCCUAAAGACCAUGAGAGUGAUAGCGAAGAAAACUCGAGUAAUACAGUGGGUGCUAGCGACGAAGAGGGUGACUCGGGAGAGGGAGAUGAGGUAGAUAUCAGUGAGGCGGGGGGCCAGUCUCUAACCGCUGACCAGGCCAAGAAGGCAGUCAAGUUUGGAGCUGGGCAGGUCGUUCACGCGCCACAAGGGUCUCUUGUUGUACAUGUCACAGAAAAUAAGCGUUCUACCGAGGUUCAUAUGAUGGAAAAAGAAGAUCCAAACGCUAGUCAGAUGCCAAGGACACAACAAGUGGUGACGAAAGAUUGCGCGGCUGCUAUCGAGACGAAGAAGGGAGAAAAAAGUGCUAAAUCUCCGGAGCACAAGACUGUUAAGUCACCAAAACCUCGAGCUAUCCCCAAGAAUUAUGCGGCUGCUGUUGGAAAGGAGAGCGUUCUCAAAAGCCCAAGCGAGAAAACUACAGUAGGAGUUAGUAGCGCGUCGAAGGCUGGAGACAAGGCUAGAUCUUUGAAGACCCCAGAUACCAAAGACGUCCCACGGGUGACGAAUAAAGACGGCGCAAAGAAUGGAGUUGCAGCUCAGGCAACGGAUUCUAAUGUCAGCCAAAAGGAUGAUCCAUCUACAAUGAAAGGAAGAAUUAUACUUUGAUGUUUUCAAAUGAUCCCUCCUGUUAUUCUCACUAACUACCCAUGCUAGUAAUGAGGCUUUCUGUGUAAUAGAAUUCAUUGAAAAAUUAUCAUUAAACAA